AAAUUCAAGUCGAUUAUUUUAGCUUGAAUCGAUUUUUAGGAUUUGUCUCCAAUUAAUGCAAAUAUUUAACUUGCUACAUUAAAUUUUGAUAAUGGCCGAAACGAAAAGAACAAUUGAAUAUUUGGUGGCUGAUACUACAGCCUUUAUAAACGCGGUUCAGUUAAAUGAUUAUGCCAAAAAUGUAUUAACAGUUCCAGAUGUUAUUAAAGAGGUGCGCAAUAAACGUCAGAUCCGACGACUAUGUGUUUUACCUUUUGAUUUGCAAGUGCGCGAACCUCGGACGGACAGUGUAAAACACUGUGUGGAAUUCGCUAAAAAGACUGGCGACUAUGCCAGUCUCUCUGGCAUAGACAUCAAAGUAAUUUCCUUAACGUAUGAGCUCGAGGUUGACAAUGUAGGUACAGAGCAUUUACGUACAGAACCAGUUUUGUCCAAGGUAGUGGCCUCAAAAGAGAAGCCCGAAGAAUUCCAAGAUAACACAAAGCUAGCAGGAUGGUACAACCCGCAAGAUAAAUCAAGUAGUGAUGACAUAAGCGAGGAUGAAGAUGACUCAAAUGAAUACCAAACUGAUGGCAAUGGGGUUGAUGUUGUCAAAAAAGCAAUUGAACAACAAAUAACUAAUCCAAGCGAAAAUGAUAGCAGUGCCGAUUUGAUAACACAAGCGGAGUUGGAUGAAUUAAUGGAAAAGUUGAAAUGCGAUGAGCCAGAUGAGGAUGCUUGCAACAUUCUUGUUCCACAAAAUGAAAAAUCUAAUGAUGCAGAAACAGAUUCAGAUGAAGCAGACAUAGAUACUGAUGAAAAAAAGUCUAGUCUUCAAUCUGAACCUGACAUAGAGGAUGACGACAACAGUUGGAUUACACCAGCGAACAUCAAAAAGGUGAAGAAAUCACUAGAAGGUAAAGUGGAAUCAGAUGUUGUACCGAUUGUUGCCUGUAUGUCAACGGAUUAUGCACUACAAAAUGUCUUGAAGCAAAUGAAUUUACAAAUUUGUGCGUUAGAUGGUCGCGUUAUUAGACACCUUCGCACAUACAUUUUGCGGUGUUAUGCUUGUUAUAAAACAACCAGCAUAAUGACGAAAGUUUUUUGUCCAAAUUGUGGCAACAAAACUCUUAAACGUGUGGCCGUAAGUUUAGAUGAGAAUGGAAAGCAAGUUAUUCACAUAAAUACUCGUCGGCCAUUAACGGCUAAAUAUAAGAAUCAAAGCUUACCGAAAUUCCAGGGAGGCAAACAUUCUCGCAAUCCUAUACUAUUUGAGGACCAACCUAUACCGAGACAAAUGCCAUCACGUGUGGCGAAAACUAAAACAAAUGCAUUGGAGGAAGAUUAUAUAGCUGGAUUUUCACCUUUUGUAAUGCGUGACGUCGAUUCUAAGUCGGCUAUGUUGCGAUCGAAGGGCAAUUUAAAGGAAUGGGCACGGAAUAAUACAUUUGAAGAAGAUCGACGUAGAAAACACUACAAUAGAGUGUACAAAUAGAUUUGGUUUUUGUUUUGAUAUUUUGAAGAAAUAUACUUUCUUUUUAAAUGA